UUAUUCUACUUUUUACUAUCACCUCUACACACUUAGAACAUCCACUCACAAACUAUCAUUUUCCUUUAUCCCGGUCCAUAUACGUGCUACUUUCAAUUUCAUCCUUUCCCUACCCUUCUUCUUUCAGAUCUUUUGCUCACACAGACAGUCGUCGAGUAAGUUGUUGAUUCGGAUUCAAUCGAUAACAAUAUUCAUUGAAAGGUAAUCGUGCAUUUGUGCUUUCCCACCUUCCGUUUUGUUCACAGGAAAUGGUCACAGUACAUCCUUAUGACGUCACAAUCAGCUAUUGAGACGCGCACGUUGACCCUUUGGGUCGUCAGUACAAGUUAUUGUAGCACAUCUCACUAGUUUCUUCAGUUGAUCAUCGAGCUAUUUCUUGACGAAAUCAUUAUAUAAAAACAUUGUGAGCUUGUACUCUCUUUUUCAUGGAAUGGAUUCCAAGCUGUUUGGUUUGAUAUGCUUGUGUGGAACGAUGUCUGGAUUAACCGCUCUACCAGUGAUAAAACUAUCUUCAAAUCAACAAAAAAUUAUCGAAGGAGAUAUUCUAAUGAGCGCAACUCUAAGGGAGCUUACGUCAGUCGAGCACCGCAGAAAACGUGAAAUUACUUCAAAGAUGGUACAACGUUGGACGAAUAACAUUGUUCCAUUUGUGAUUAACUCAACACUUGGAAAGUCUGGCCGCCGAGCAGUACAACACGCUAUCAAUCAGUUUCACUACCAUACAUGUGUACAGUUCGUUCAACGUACCGAUGAAAGUGAUUACAUUGCAUUCGAACGUAACAUCGGAUGCUAUUCUCCUAUUGGUCGACAAGGAGGACGACAAAUACUCUCCGUUGGUGACGGUUGCGAGCAGAGGGGAACAAUUAUGCACGAGCUAAUGCACGCCCUUGGGUUCUUCCACGAACACUCGCGUUAUGAUAGGGACAAGUACGUUAAAAUUCUAUGGUGGAAUAUUGAACCAGACUUUUUGAGGAACUUCGAGAGCUACAGUCACGAUGAUUUAGACACACUGGACAUCCCAUAUGAUUACGACAGCUUAAUGCAUUAUGGGAAGCUAGCCUUCAGCAAAAAUAGACAAAACACCAUUGAAGCCAUCGGUGACGCUAAUAGACCGCUCGGACAAAUGAAACGAUUUAGUAAACUAGACAUAAAACAGAUUUUAAAGGUCUACAAGUGCAAAAGCAUCGAUAAGGGUCCUUUGCCAGCCCAGCCAUUAAGAACGUUCCAUGAAAAUGAAGAAAACGAUGAUAAUCCUGUCAUGCUGACGACAAAAACAAUCCGUAAAGAAACUGAACGACUCGUAAAUAAAGAAGAGGAGCCCGUUACCACUAAAAAACAAUCUAGGCAUUUGCUAGUUCGACCAAAAAAGCAUUCUAUAGAAAAAGAGCAGAGACAGAAAGCAAAAUAUCAACUAAAGACAUCAAAGGAAACACAAAAUCAAGGAAAUGUUGCUCCUACAGAAACUGUCAGAGAAGGCAACACUGGKUUAAAAAACCAGAAGUUCAGCCAACUAGAAGUUUCAGGUAAAUGUAGAGAUAUCUAUCCCGCAUCAUGUAAGAAGUUUGCUUCUAUUGAUGGCUAUUGUCGCUACUGGAGCUCGUUUAUGCAGAAACGAUGCCCACGUGCUUGUGGAUUUUGUGAGACAAAAAAAUUCAAGUUUGACAAACAAAAAUAUGGCUACAGAAGAAGCAGAACGUAAGAAAAUAAUCAAGACAUAGUGACUCCUAAUGAAAUCUUAUGUGAAUAGAAAAUAGACUCGAUAAAACAAAGCUUACUCAUCAGUACCAUACGUCCGCACUCACGACGCUCAUCACAAAAAUUUUAAUAUUAAACUAAUUAUAUCACGAAGUGAAUUUAAUAAUGGGAGUCAUUGUAGUGUUCAUUUGAAAGAAAUUUCAUUUUUCCGCAGCCUUAAAUCUAUCCAUUAAAUAUUGACAAUGUAUUGA